AUGGGUGUAAGGAACCCAGACUGGACGCCCGGGUCGCUGUUUGUGUUGUUGGCACGCCUCACAGCUGGCAACAGACGAACUCAGGUUUUUAUCCAGUUUCGGCCACCAAAAGCAUUCUUGUGCCUUGCGCAGGGUAGCUCAAUGGCCGACGUGGCCUCUUCGGGUGUGUCGUGGAUAGUCUCGGCGGACCAGGCGCGUGACAGGCGCACGUUGUUCGGCCUCAGCCACUCGCCGCACGCGCUCAGCUCCCAGCUCGCCCAGAGCGGAGGCGGCGACGAGGCGGCCAAGGAGUUCCUGUCGACCGCCGACCAACUCUACGGCGAUGCGGGUCUCUCCGCCAUCGGCGUCAUGGGCCUCGUUCGAAAAGUGAUGGACUUCACGCAUGAGCCGAAGCUGGUCGCCUGGUUCCAGGCCCUUUCUGUAUUUGCAUCACGGAUUACCAACGGAACAGUUUUCCUUGGGCUCAGGCUGAAUGACAAAGGAGAAGACCUCGCUUCAAAAGACAAGCUGGCCAAGGAUGUCUUCGAAACGGUGAAAAAGAUGAAGGUGAACCUGCUUGUGUUAGUGACUCACAACGUCAGAGACAUGGAGCAGUCCUCGUGCAUCUCCGAGCCGGUCAGCUCGUGGUCGUCCAAGGCCUACAAAAACAACGAAAGACUCGCCCUAGAGCAAAUCUUCAAGUUCCUCGUGGCUGGUCUGCGUGAGAGGACGACGAUCGAGGUCACCCUCUCCUCCACUCUCGUGUUGGUGUCGUUCCACAUGAAGAAGCCGGUGUCCAAGCCGGUCGAGUUCGGCGAGCCGUGUGUUCGAAACUACAGGAUGCACAUGGAGAGGUACUGUGUGGACGCGCUGCCCAACGUGCAAAUCGACGACGACAGUCUGAGCGCAGUCGGCUUCCACGGAGACACGCUGUUUAGCUUCGAGACGCCCGAGAGCAUCGAGAAGAAGAUGCGCCGGUUCGUCACGCCACUCGACGACGUGGUGUUCCACAGAGUGGGCUGGGCGUUCUUCGACCUCGCCUUCGAGAUAUAUGACGAGGCCUCCUGUCCCUCCAACGGGAGCGUAACGAUGAGCAAGUUCGCGCGGGUGGCCGUCGCCAAGCCCAUCUUGACGGAGAAUAGGGAGCGUACAUUCAAUAAAUGAUUGAACAACA